UAUAGGCCUAUUUGACAGCUACAGAGAGGUCUUGUCCAGUAGGACCUGUGAUUAGGCUUUGCUCUGGGGAGGAGGCAUAGAUUGCCACCAUGGAGGAAGAUGGGGAUAGUGAGUGAAGCCAGCUUCUUUUCCACCUUCCUUAGCUUCUGCACUGCCAGCUCCUUGUUACCUCUUGGGAGAGAAACUGGAAGCCAUCCAGGCAUCUCCAGCAAGAAGCCACCUGUUUUGUUUGCAUAAAAUCACAGGGUUAGAGUUUGAAGUCCCAAGAGAUCAUCUAAUCCAAUUUUCCAUUUUACAGAGGAAGAAUUUGUAAUUGGUACAAUCAUAUGAAGUUAAUAAUCAAAUCAGGACUGCAACACAGGUCUUCUGUUUCUGGGAGCUAUAUUAGGCAGCUGAAGUCUCAGUGUUCUGGAAGCCCUUGGAACGUGAAGGUGGACAUCAGUUCCUUCUCUUUCUGGUUAGAGGGCUGAGAGUACUGCUGCACCCUAAGGAGUCACCUGAGAAACUGUCUCAAGUUUACCCUUGCAGGGGGAGGUGUGUAGGGCGCCGAUUUGAACUGAAGGUAUGUGAGCUGUAGGACCAGGAAAAGAUGAUAAAGCAGAGUGUGAAAGAAGAGAAAUCUGUGACAAGAUUUGCUUUUCCUAGGUCACAAGCACUGAGGGCAGGAAAGGGGCGGUCGGGAGGUUGUGUAGACACACCGCUCGGAAUGUGGGUGUGGAGUCCAGCAUCCUGCCCGACGUGAAACGAAUGCAGGUGAUGUCCGCAAAGUUCUCCAGGGGAAGACCGACGUGACCCCCUCGACAAAUCAGAGUGGGACGGCCAAGGACGCCACCUCCUCGUUGACUCCGCCCACGGCGCGAGCCUUGUCAAACCUCGUGUUCCCUGCACCGGUUCCCCCGCCCCCCGCAAGCCCUUUAGCCAAUGAGAGGGAUGGGCGGCCGCCUAGGGACGCUCCCAGCGCUUUCCCUGAGAUUCGGAAAGGUUAGCCAGUCAAUGGGAACGUGAUAGUUGCUAAGACACAUUUGAGUUUGGCUCCACCCAUGCUUGGGAUUUUAGCCAAUGAAAACCUGUACUUUGGACAGUUACCGCGAAACCAGGGAGAUUAGUUCCACCGCUUGAAAUGUCUCAGCGCCUGCGCAGAUUGGGGAAAAUUCUGGAAGACGGGGGAGCUGCCGCCAUUUUGCGGGAAGAGGAGCAGCUCCGCCUGCAGUGCUGCUUUUACUGCUGAGGUCCUGGAAAAUAGCCGUGCUUCGCGCCCCCCAACACACCCAAAGGAACGGAGAAAACCGGGCCCCCCCCGCCUGCGGGGACCCGGAACUGACCUGUGGUGGACAGGCUUGAGAGAGAGAAUUGCUAGGUGUGAAAGCCUGGGGGAGGUGAGAAGUCUUACUUUGCCUGCCUAGACAGAAAGGAUUAGAACAGGGUCUGUGUUAUAUUUUGUCUCUGCCUAGAUAUUCAGUUCCUUCUAGACCCUUGACCUUUUCUAAGCCACAAAGCAGAACUGCUUCAGAUCUGUAAGGUGCAAAAAUAAACCUAGGAUCUGCUACGAUGGCAUCCGAUGACUUCGAUAUAGUGAUUGAGGCCAUGCUGGAGGCUCCCUAUAAAAAAGAGGAGACCCCACAGGAUGAGCAACAGAAGAAAGAGGUUAAAGAGGACAGUCCUAGCAACACCGCCAACAGCACCAGCAGCACCGGCAACAGUGGCAAUGGUACCAGUGGGAGCAGCGCCAGUGGGGAGGCAAGCAAGAAGAAGAGGAGUCGGAGCCAUAGUAAAAGCAGGGACAGAAAGCGCAGUCGUAGUCGAGACCGGGAUCGGCACAGGCGGAGAAGCAGUCGGAGCCGGAGUCGAGAUCGGCAGCGUCGUCACCGCAGCCGUAGCUGGGAUCGUCGCCAUAGUAGUGAGUCACGAAGUCGGGACCGGCGUCGUGAGGAUCGUGUGCGCUACAGGAGUCCGCCACUUGUCACUGGGCGUAGAUAUGGACAAAGUAAGAGUCCUCAUUUCAGAGAGAAGAGCCCAGUCAGGGAGCCAGUUGAUAAUCUGAGUCCUGAGGAGCGUGACGCCCGCACGGUUUUCUGUAUGCAGUUAGCUGCCCGCAUUCGGCCUCGAGACCUGGAAGACUUUUUCUCUGCUGUUGGCAAGGUUCGUGAUGUACGUAUCAUCUCAGAUCGCAACUCACGUCGUUCUAAGGGCAUCGCCUAUGUGGAGUUCUGUGAAAUCCAGUCUGUGCCACUGGCCAUUGGGCUGACCGGGCAGCGGCUGCUGGGGGUGCCUAUCAUUGUACAGGCCUCACAGGCUGAGAAAAACCGACUAGCAGCUAUGGCCAACAACCUACAGAAGGGCAGUGGUGGGCCCAUGCGCCUCUAUGUGGGCUCCCUGCACUUUAAUAUCACCGAGGACAUGCUCCGGGGCAUCUUUGAGCCUUUUGGCAAAAUUGAUAAUAUUGUCCUGAUGAAGGACUCAGAUACAGGGCGCUCUAAAGGUUAUGGUUUCAUUACGUUCUCUGACUCCGAGUGUGCCCGGCGGGCCCUGGAACAGUUGAAUGGCUUUGAGCUUGCCGGUCGACCUAUGAGAGUUGGCCAUGUGACUGAGCGACUGGAUGGUAGCACAGACAUCACUUUUCCUGAUGGAGACCAAGAGCUGGAUCUGGGAUCAGCAGGUAGCCGUUUGCAGCUCAUGGCCAAAUUGGCAGAAGGGUCUGGAAUGCAGCUGCCAACUACAGCUGCUGCCGCUGCCGCCCAAGCUGCUGCCUUGCAACUGAAUGGAGCAGUUCCCUUGGGGGCCCUGAACCCAACGGCUCUGACUGCUCUGAGUCCGGCUCUGAACCUUGCCUCCCAAGCAAUUGCCUCCCAGUGCUUCCAGCUUUCCAGCCUCUUUACCUCCCAGACCAUGUAAACCGGUGGUGCAGUACAUUGCCUCCCUGUGCCUCUGGGUCCUGCCGCUCCCUCCUCCACAUCUACCCUUCCAUGGCCUCUUCUCUGUUUUGUGGACCAAGCCAUCCUGAGAGCAUGGGCAUUGACUCUGGGGAAAUUGGGGCCACCCUUAGACACCAAGAAGAACUCCUGCCCAUGGCCCUACUGGGAAUGGACUCUGCUGAGCAAAGCUGCUAGUCAAAGAGAACAGAAUCUACGCCUACGUUGAACACCUGUUUCUCCAUGUAUAUCGUCUCCCAGGAUGAUCUUCCCUGCCUUUUCCAACCACUUCUUAGUGAUUCCUCGAUUCCUCCUCUGUUGGGAAGGCCAUAGGGCAUUAACUAAAGGAACUAACCUCUCUCCUUUUCUUCUACCUUUAUCUUACAAUUUGUCAAAACCCUUAAGAACUCUGAUCCACGAGGACCAAGGGGGGUGAACUUUGAGGGUCCUGGCUUGCUGCUGCAAGGGUGCUGGAAGAGAGCAUUGUGAAGUCUGCCUUAGACCUCUGCUUGGCCAGAACUACUACUGUGGGCUCAGCAUCUUGCUGGGAAAUGUGGGGAUGAUCUAUCCUGCCAGCCGUUUUGGAUGUCUUAGGGGCAUUCAAGAGUUUAGUGAAAGGUGGGGUACCUGUCCAGUAUCCUCCAUCUUCCUUUGUAUACUUGUCCUUCCUUUGGCCCAUGGUGGGAGGAUGGCGGGGAGGCUGCUGCUCUCCACUACUUCCCAUGUGCCUCUACCGUGGGCUCCACCUCAGCUGUUAAACCCUCUCCUGGCCCCAACCUGGGCACAUGUGAGCCCUUCUCACUGGAUUUUAUACCCUUGUGUCUGUGUACAUAAAUAUAUAUAUAUAUAUAUAUAAAAAAACUUUGUACAAAAGGCAGAGCCCGCUGUUUGGGUUGCUGCUGUUCUGUGUGUGUGGUCUCAGUCAGUGGGGUGUGUCUGUCUGAUGUUAACGUCUCAUGAGCCCAAACCAUGAAUGGUUCUAGGGAUAUAAAGCAUUUGUAAUGCCA